GUGCACAUAACGUUACCGCUACAAGCCCACAUCUGCCGGAGAGCCUCUCCGCUCAAUGGAUUCAGCCGAACCGCAGCAGCACUUGUUAUAAAAAUGAAACAGGAGGAGAAUAUGAUUUUAAAGGAGUAAAAAUGAGCUCAGGACGCGAGUAACUGGUUUCGGGAGCUGACCACACUUGCACUGCCAGCACUACCCAGGCCUAAGUAAGUGAGAGCGCUCAGCCAGCCUGAGGGCCAAACGAUGGGCUCUAAAGGAGUGGAGAGGCGCAAGCAGGCCACCCCGGCCCAGACCCCAGAGGGCAACGUGGUGAUGAGCUUCAGCUUUGAGAGCUAUCAGCUCGAGGAAGAGGACUGCCAAGGCAAAGAAAUCCCAGACAAAGGCGUGCUGGCUCUCUCUGAGCCUGUUUUUGAGGAGCCUGUCCCGGACGAUCGCUACCAUGGAAUCUAUUUCGCUAUGCUGCUGGCUGGAGUCGGCUUCCUGUUGCCUUACAAUAGCUUCAUCACAGAUGUGGACUACUUGCAUCAUAAAUUUGAAGGAACGUCCAUUGUGUUCGACAUGAGCCUGACAUACAUUCUGGUGGCUCUGGUUGCGGUAGUGCUGAACAAUGUGCUGGUGGAGAUGCUCAGCCUGCACACCAGGAUCACCGUGGGUUAUCUCUUUGCUCUUGGCCCGCUGCUUUUUGUCAGCAUCUUUGAUGUGUGGCUGGAGAAAUUCACCACAAACCAGGCGUACGCCCUCAACCUGAUAUCCGUGGGUGUUGUGGCAUUUGGAUGCACAGUGCAGCAGUCCAGUUUUUAUGGGUACAUGGGGAUGCUCCCGAAGCGGUACACGCAAGGAGUGAUGACUGGAGAAAGCACGGCGGGCGUCAUCAUUUCUCUCAGCCGAAUCUUCACCAAGCUGCUGAUCAAAGAUGAGAAGAAGAACACCAUCAUCUUCUUCCUCAUCUCUAUUGGAAUGGAGAUGAUGUGCUUCAUUCUGCACCUGCUGGUGCGCCGGACGCGAUUUGUGCGCUAUUACACCAGCCUGGCCCGUCAGGGGCUGUCCUACCCCAAAGACCACCCUCACCAUGGCAACCAGUACCAGGUCCACCAUGAUGUCAUUACAGAGGAAGUAAGAUUUGGAAAUGGUGCAGUGGUUGCCUCUUCCACUGAAGACGUCAGCACAGAGACCGACUACACCGGAACCAACACGUAUGUGAGAUUCGAUGUGCCGAAGCUAAAGAUUAAAAAGAGCUGGCCGGGCAUCAAGGAUAUGAUCCUGCAUCGUUAUGUGGUGUCCCGCGUGAUUUGGACCUACAUGCUGUCCAUCGCUGUCACCUACUUCAUCACGCUGUGCCUGUUUCCAGGCCUGGAGUCGGAGAUACGCAACGCCACACUGGGAGAGUGGCUACCCAUCCUCAUCAUGGCCAUCUUUAAUAUGUCAGACUUUGUGGGCAAAAUCUUGGCUGCUUUGCCGUACGAGUGGAACGGCAUGCGUCUGCUCUUUUUCUCCUGUGUGAGGGUGGUCUUCAUUCCACUUUUUAUCAUGUGCGUGUUCCCGGUGCCAAAACCCACCCUCAGUCACCCGGCGUGGCCCUGCAUCUUCUCCCUCCUCAUGGGCGUCACCAACGGCUACUUCGGCAGUGUGCCCAUGAUCCAGGCGGCUGGAAAGUUGCCGCCAGAGCAGAGGGAGCUAGCAGGAAACACUAUGACUGUGUCCUACAUGGCUGGACUGAUGCUGGGCUCUGUGGUGGCCUAUGCAGCGUACCGCUUCACUGCUCCAGGCUCAGGCCUGCACUCAGAGACUGGCUUAAACUUCACCCAGGGUUAUUAAUGCCUCCACACACUGAAUUCAUGCCUCACAUCAAUCUCAUCAGGUGGCACUGUUUCUCAUGUAGCAACUCAGCAGUCCCGACAAAUCAAAGCUCCACAGCAGCAGCAGCCAUAUUUUGUGCCGGGUGCAAGGCUGUGCUUUUUUGAGUGGGGGAGAGAAGAGGGUCUCGCUGACACUGUAAAGAGCUGUAUGUAGUCUGUGCUUCAUUGUGUUGCUUAUUCAUGUUUUAUGAAAGUGUUCUGAUAAGCUUUAGAAGGGAGCUGUGUGCAGUCCGGUGAUAAAGCUGGUUACACUGGGCUGUUCCUCUCUGACUUCCUUUGACUACCAGUCCUGUGGUGGUUUAUGGCAGGAAACCAUGAGCUUUUAUGCUGAUAUGCUGUAGUGACAGAUUUUACUGGAAAACUCAGUUUGCGUUUACUUUUACCGGAAAUCCUGUCCCAUUAGUGAUGCUUGAUACGGGUCAAAGCUCCCAGUCCCUGAGAUGAGAAAACUGUGUCUUUAUUUAAUCGUGCAUUAUGAAUGUUGAAACCUUUGCUAAAGCAAAACUGAAUGUGGAUCUUAAUGAAUAAACACUUUUUUGUAUA